UCUCUCGUAGUAGCAGUAGUAGUCUUGCAAUCGUUCGUAUCCCUAUUCCCGCCGCUAUCCUCGUCGUCGCCGUUGCCGGAUUCCCUCGCCGGCGGCUAUUCAUCACUCCUUGGUCUCCCUCUCUUCAACUCCUCUCCUAUCCUCUUCUCGCGAAGUGAUUAGAGGAAGCUAUGCCGAGAGAGGAGUCUCUUAUUGGGACGUGCUAUUUUGAUCCGGAGGUGGAUAUGACUUUGAAAGAUGCGAAGGAUUUGUGGUCUGUACUCUGGCAUCAAGAGGAGCUGGUCCAUAAGAAGCGAAGGUGGCUGAUGGGAUUUCCGAGCACGCCAAUGUCUGAAGAUGCUCGCAAGAGAGUCAAAAGACCAAAAUUUUUGGCAACCAAGUUCUUGCCAGAAUCACUUGUAAGGAGAGACGAGGUUUCCUUUGAGACAGUGAAAACUAAAAUAGAGAAAAGUUUUGGAUCAUUCACUCAAGGGAAAUACCAUGUAGUUCAGGAUUAUUUGGCACAUUUUGACAAGCAUCAAAUGCGAACUUAUGUGGAAAAUACGGCACAAUUUUUUAAGACCUUCUAUUCAAUUAUGGAUGAUUUGAACAACACUGCACUUCUUGUUAUAGCGAAUACUGUAACAUCUAGCAAGGUCAGUUUCGACAGGACUCGUCAACAGAUGAAAAAGAUUAUAAAAGAAUAUCUUCCAAAGACAAUUGCAGAAUCAGAUUUGUGUGGCCGCAUUGCCCUACUGAAUACGCUCUCACAAAUAUUCCAGAAGCCAGAUAACUUUCGGGAGAAACAAUUGACACUUUGCACACCUUUCUGUGAAUCUCUUCAGAAGUCCAUUCAGAAUCUAUUGGAUCGACUUCACGAAAUGCCCAUCCAGACUUUACUUGCGAUGAACAGAAAGCUCAAGGGAAUUAAAGCAGCCCCUCAAUUCCCGCCUACUGUAUCCAUUUCUUGCAAAAAAGAGUUGUUCAAAGAUCGAAUCAGGAAGAGAUGUGACCAAAUGAUGUCGAAACUCAAGAAAGGCAUGGACCUACCAAAACCAUUGGCAAAAGCACUGUCGGUCAUGCUUCUGUUUCUCAAAUAUGAAUCUGGUUGUACAGAUAUCAUGAUAUCUGAAUUUUUCCCCUUCAUACCAAAGACAAUGGAGUUGCAGAAUGAUAUUCUAAGAGCUCUUUGGUCUCUUCAAAAGGUUAAACAUUCUGAACUAAAAGCUUUGCAAUCUUUGAUAGAUCCAAAAGCAGAAAUCCCUUGGAAGACUUUCAGGACAACACUAACCAAGUAUCUGAUGGAGUACUUGUUUGAAUGUGAUGAAACAGAGCUCUCAGUGGAAGCUCACGGGAUUCUAAUUAUGAUAAAUAGGAGGUCACGACGCCAAGCUUGCUUGAUUUCAAAAGAGGCAAAGGAAGAUGAGAUAGAAUGUGUACUUAAUGUGAGCUGUCAGCUUAAACAGUUUUUCUUGGACAUACUUCCUGAAACUGCUACCCAUGAAGAUUCGGCAGAAGAGAUGGAAAGUGACGACCAAAGUGGGAAUAAUGAUUUUGUAUUGUCUGAUAGAGACUAUUAUUCCUAUAAUGAUGAAUUGAAUCACCAACAUGUUUGUGAUUCUAUCACAAACAAUGAACUCGAGGCCACUGGGGAAUCAUUCUCUCGUCGCACCAGUAAUAUGGAUCAGGGAGCUGCUACCGAUAGCCAAAAAAAUAUCAAUCAAACUAAUCUUGAUCAGGAUGCAGAUACAAAUGUCGUAAUUGCUUCUUCCAAGUUGGUAGAACAUGGUCAAAAUACUUAUCAGUUGAUCCAAGAUAUCUGUGACGAGACCAGCUUGUUGUAUCACAAAGUCAUUGGUCACUGGCUCGAUAAAAUUAUGCAGCUUGAAGGUAGACAGACAGAUGCAAUAACAAGAUCUUAUCUUAGAGGUGAACCAUCACAUCCUGUAGAUCUCCGAGGGUCUGAUACAGAAGAUCACUUCUGUGCUCCCAAUGGCGAUAAAGGGCCUCUGAUACUUUUCCAAGUUGUAGAAGAAUUAUUGCCAAAUUUUCCGAUGAGUUCCCUCCAAAGACUGAAGGACUCAAUGGGGCUGUCAUAACUUUCGAAACUUUUCAAGCAUCCUCGUUCAGGCGAGAUAAAAAAAGGCUGUUCCGGCUUUCAAUUCCACACACAAGAGCAACAUUGAUCGUGAUCGGAACAUCUCACACACCUUCGGCCUUCAGCCCACACAAGGGCCUAAUGUCUAUUCAUGAAAAAAGCUUCCUAUUAACACUAUAAAUCACUUACUUUUUGUAUCAAUUUUUUUGUCAUGAUAUCUUCAAGUCACAAGCUCCACAGGUUGCACAAUCUUUCUGUUUGUUCUUUCAAGUAGAAAC